AUGCAGACUACUGCUUUAUUUUAAACCAAUGAAAGACAGAACUCUCCUCAAUCAUGUUAUGAUAAGAAUAGAUAUACCAAGAGAAGAUGUCUGCAGCAUCCGAUGUUUCCUUGAACCCAAUUGCUUGUCUUAUAAUGUUGGACCGCUGGAACAUAGCAACCGAUACUUGUGUGAGAUCAGCGACUCCACUGACGUACGACAUCCGGGAGACUUGGUUCAGCGGUUAGGAUUUACCUACCAGGGAAUAAAGAGUCCAUGUAACACUGAUUUUUGCGGGAAGAAUAUGACUUGUCAAGCGGGCUACACCAGCAAAGGAUACCGUUGUAUGAAAAACAUCACGUCGACGCCAUUAAACUUCAGCAACCUAGUUGCCAAAGAACACUUUCAUAAUUGUUCUGAUGCACCCAACAUAACGGGAGUUUACAAUACAUCUUACCAUGACUGGGGCCUUUUUCCUGUGUACUGUGAUCAGACAUAUGAUGGAGGAGGCUGGACGAUGGUAUUCAAAGUUGUUAGUGGCUUCUCUCCAUUGGACGUUGGUGGAAUUUGGUCGUCACCCUCCCUCCAUCAUGAAAAUCUCAACGACACCUUCGACUUAACGUCAACUUAUCCAACUCAUUACAAGAAUCGUAUUGUACUGAACUGGAAAUAUUUUAACCCUAAAGAGGUUCGCGUCGUUAUAUACAAGGACAGUCAACAAGUCACCUCCCUCAAGUUCAAUGCCACUGGUACAGACAACUUGAAUUGGUUUUCACAUGAAAACUUAAUUUACUCGCCAUGGAGUGAUCUCAAGAUGUUCCCAUCCGUAAAUUUUGGCCUUCUGGGUCCCAUAGUUUCCGAUCGCUUCUUUGAGAUAACUGGCCCUUAUACUGGUUGUGAAAGUGAUAUCGGUUGGUUGGUAGUUACAAGUCACCCAGUAUGUCCUUGGGACAGACGAUCACCUUGGCCUAGUAUCCAAUACAGCAAGCAGCGCGUGGCGUCGCGUAUGGAAAAUUACGGAAAUGUUGGGAUUGCAGACGUCCUCGCCGUGUUUGUUCGCUAACAACA